AUGGAGAGCGAAUUUAACGGAGAGCAGCCACCGCCGAAUUUGGGAGAGUCCCAACACUGGGCUGAUCUUCUCGUCAACACUAUCCCAGGCGUGCGCCCAAUCCCACGCCGUUUGGCGCAAGUUUUACGCCAGUCCGAGAGAGGUUUUACCUGCCCAUGGGAUCGUAUGCCAAGUCUUGAUGCAAUUCCAGAUUUUCCUGGAUUUUAUUUCAUAAUGCAGAGACUCGACGGCACUCACGGCUGUCACAACCUGUUCCGUUGUGCUGGCGUUGUUACCUUGCAAGUUGGGCUUAAUUCCGAUUUCUAUAGUGAUUCAUGA